GGACCCCCGCUAUGGGGGGCGGGGGGCGCGGUGGGAAAGCCGCCCCCCCCCGGGAUCUGGAUGAGGCCUGGGAAGGGCAGGCCACAGGAGGCGGAGGAUGUGCAGCCCCCACCCCCCGAGCACAGCACAGAGCCUGACCCGGCCCCAACGCCCCCCCCGGAUGCGGGGCAGCCCCCAGCCCAGGGCGCCGAGGACGAGGCGGUGGCGCGGGAGCUGGAGCAGCUCUACCUGUCCCACCUGCGCCGGCUGCGGGGGGACCCCGGCGACAGCGACCCCCCCCCGAGGAGCGGGGGGCCCCCCUUCCCCGAGCGAGCCCCCAACACCUCGCUGGCCAACGAGAUGGCGCUGCGCUACGAGGGCGGGGGUCGCUGCAGCCCCCCGCUGCUGCUGGGGAGGGGGGGCCCGCUGGAGGGGGCGCUGGUGGUGCCGGCGCGGCCCCCCCGGGGCAGGGGGAGCAGUUUGGGGGGGGCCCUGAGGGGGUGCGGGGUGGUCCUGGCCCUGGCCGUGCUGGUGCCCGUGGCCUGGGGGGACGGGGGGGGUCCCACGGCCGCGCUGGCCCUGGGGCUUUACCUGGCGCUGGCGUGGCUGACGUGAGGGGGGCCAGGGGGGGACCCCCCGAUUGUCACCUCCCAAAAAGUCACAGCCCACCCCCCCCCCCAUUCCACCUCUGAAAAUUGGGGCACCCCUAAAUCAAUCGGGGGGGCGGGCGGUGGAAGGGAACCCCCAAAUGGAAGGACACCCCCAAAUG